AUGACAGCGGGUAAAGCAGCUCCAAGGGCUCUGCCCACUAUCAUUGACAUUCGCCAUUCCAGGUUCGAGCGUUCCAUUCACGACCAAGUGAUUGAUGGCCUUACUAAAGAGCCAAAGACACUCCCGGCCCUGCUAUUUUACAGCACGGAGGGACUGCGGCAUUGGAAUAAUCAUUCCCACCAACCAGACUUCUACCCCAGAUCUGAAGAGGUUCAAAUCUUGAAGCAAAAGGCACAGGAGAUGGCAUCAACGAUUGCUGACCACAGUGUGGUGGUGGACAUGGGAAGCGCGAGUCUUGAUAAAGUGAUCCAUCUCCUACGCGCCUUAGAAGCUCAAAAGAAGACCAUUAACUACUACGCCCUCGACCUUAGUGCUACCGAGCUUACAUCAACUCUGCAAGCUAUUCCGACCGAGGAAUUUCACCACACCCCAAUAAUCUGCGACCAGCCGCAUCAUAUGCUUCUGUUCGGUCUAACGAUCGGUAACUACUCCAGACCCAAUGCUGCAGCUUUUUUAAGUCAAAUCGCAGAGAAUGCACUAAUCGGAAGAGCUUCACAACUUUCCUCCAUUCUCAUUACCGUCGAUCGUUGCAAGCUUCCCACGAAAGUCCUACGAGCUUACACUAGCGACGGUGUAGUGCCUUUCGCGCUAGAAGCGUUGAACUAUGGUAACCAACUCCUAGGGGAGCAAAAGGAUGAAAGGACACCGUUCGAUCCCAAUGAUUGGUACUUUCACAGCGAGUGGAACUACGUCUUAAGUCGACAUGAAGCGUCGUUGAUUCCACGUUAUUCAGACAUCAAACUGGGACCUCCUCUGGAUGGGGUGGUUGUUAAACGGGAAGAAAAAAUUCGGUUUGGUUGUAGUUACAAGUAUGACGCCAAGGAAAUGGAAGAUCUCAUCUCAGCAGCAGGCUUGAGAACCACGGGGGCUUGGGAAGGUGACGGAUGCGACGUCGCCUUUUACGAGCUCAAGUUAGAGGAGAGCACUUGA